GCAUGAUCAUAAACUGAAUCUACAUAUUUAGGUCCUAAACAAAACUUUACAAUUAAAAAUAAUUAUAAUAAUAUAAUAUUUAUUGCCACUGCUGUUGAGAAUUCAAAUAAAAAAUUCUAUACAGUAAUAAGAAUAGCAAUAAAUAAUAAGAAUAGCAAUAAGUCUAGUUUUUUCCUUGGGUUCGGUGGACUUCUGCAGACGGGACUAUUUCCUGGAGCGGAGUGAGACCUCCUCACUGCUCACACACGAUCCUGGUUUUCUGUCAUCGUUGUGUCAUUGUGAAAGUGUGAAAGCGGCUGGAAGCCUGUCAGCCUCCCCUCCAUCCUCCCUCCAUCCUCCCUCCAUCCUCCCUCCUCCCUCCGCCCUGGAAGCCGCUGCCGGUGCUCGAGGAGCCGGACGGAUCCGCGGACCGGAGCCGGUGAAAAUCCCGAACAUCCGAACCAUCGACGAGGAAAAACUCCGCUCUCAUUUUUCCGCGUUCGUGUCGUUUUGCUGCAGCCAAGAGAUGCUGUCAUGUGAAGAGACGUCACCGGUUUGAAGAAAAAAAGGAAAGAAAACAGCGGAGAAACGAAAAGGAUUUAGAGGAGGGAGUGAAAGGACACGUCUGCUCUUCACAAACCAGAGGAAGUGGAACCGAGAGCCAGGCGGGACGGAUCCACUCCACAUCCGCUCUGUGGGGAAAUCUCGUGUCGUGUCAUCGUGAUGCUGCAGCAGCUUCAUCGUCUCCAUCUUCACUUUCAUUUCCUCUGACCGCAACGCAACAGACUCAGGAAACCUGCUCCUUCUCUGCUGUAAAGGACUUUCUUUAGGAUCCUGGAGCGGCUGCUUCAUGCUUUUAAAAGCGCCUCAGUUUCUCCACAGUUUCUCCGCACAAUUUUACAAAUACUUGAAUGUAAAAGUUAAAGUGAAGCUGAUUUGAGACUUUUUAAAUCAGAGCCUUUGACCCAGACGUCUAGAAAACCUGGUCUCUGCUCAAAGAAAGAUCCUCUAGGUCGAUUUGUUUCGUGCAUUAAAAGAUCUUCAGCCCAUCGUUUUUCUCCAAUGCACCAGAAAAUUUAGCAGAAGGUGAAGAAAACUUUGGGAAGUUUGCACAAAGCUCCACCCAGCAGUUCUCAAGAAGCCGCCUUCUCCACAUCAUCUGCGGCCGCGUCGUGAUGCUGGACGUGGUGAAGAUGAAGGAGGCCUGUAGGAUCUGCGCCCGCGAGCUGUGUGGGAACCAGCGCCGGUGGAUCUUCCACCCGGCGGCGAAGCUCAACCUGCAGGUGCUGCUGUCCCACGCUCUGGGCCGCGAGCUGAGCCGCGACGGCCGCGGCGAGUUCGCCUGCUCCAAGUGCACCUUCAUGCUGGACCGCAUGUACCGCUUCGACACGGUGAUCGCCCGGGUGGAGGCCCUGUCCCUGGAGCGCCUCCACAAGCUGCUGCUGGAGAAGGAGCGUCUGAGGCAGUGCAUCGGGGGCCUGUACCGGAAGAACAACGCCGAGGACUGCAGCCUGGCGCUGCCCGGCCCCGCCGUCGCGUCCGAGGACUCUCCUGUGGUGGAUCUGUCUCUGCUGCAGGAUGUCAGGUACUCGGACAUGAUCCAGGACGACCUGGCUUACUCCGUGUACGAGUCCUGGGCCGAUAAGGACGACCCGGCCUCGGAGCAGCCCUCCCACCACCACCACCACCACCACCACCACCACCAGUGCACAGCAGCAGACUCCCUGUCGGGCCAGAAGCCGAGGCGGUGCAGGGGAUGUGCAGCGCUCCGGGUGGCGGACUCGGACUAUGAGGCGGUGUGUAAGGUGCCCAGGAGGAUUGGGCGUCGGAGCACAUCCUGUGGUCCAUCCACCCGCUACUCCACAGCCACUCUGGUCAUCGAGGACCCACCCAAACUCUCUGAGGCGUCCGAGGCCACAACCAUCGAGUCUCCUUCAGCCGGGAUGGAGGCCGAUAAGACGGCGUUUGACCAGAGGAGUCCCAGCCCCACGUCGUCUGUGGAGUCUCUCAGCGCCGCGGUGCACGACGCCUGCCUUCCCGCAAACAGUAAAGAGAAGGAAAACACGGAGCAAGAAGAGGCUGCGGUGAUGAGGGACGCUCCUAACGAGAGCGCCCUCUCUGGUCUGGAGGUGACGCUGAGCCUCCUGCGGGGUUGGGAGUACCGGCCCGUGAAGACUCGAAGGGGCAGCAAGCUCCCGGUUCUGGUCAAAGACCUGCCCGUCCCGCUGAGGUCGCCCUGUGGAGGGGCAGCAGACUGCGAGCUCUACCCCCACCAGAGCAUCCCGGAGGUGGUGAUCCUGGAGGCGGAGCUGGCGGAGAUGGAGGAGCAGUGGCAGGACGAAUACGUUCACUGUGGGCCGUUUCGCUUUCAGCAGCGGCUGAUUGACGAGCAGCAGGGUCGACUCGCUCAGUACGAAACCGCUGCAGGUCAGUGUGUCGGGGAGCUGGAGAAGGCCCAGGACCAGGUCCGGUCUCUGCAGACCAAGAUCAGGGAGAGUGAGACCAGGAACCAGAAGCUGCAGGAACGUCUCGGGGAGAUGGAGCUGGAGCUUCGGUCGGCCAGAGAGGAGGCUCAGCAGCAGGAGAGAAACAUCCAGAACAUCAGUGACACCGUCAGCUCCAAGGAGGUGGAGGUUGCAGAGCUCUACCAGGUGAUCGAGGAGCAGAACAAGAUGCUGCGUUCUCUCAAAGAGCUCACAAACCGCAACCAGCUGCAGCAGCUGCAGGUGUCCGGGGCGGAGGCGGUCCGAGGUCAGGGUGAGGUCCUGGCUCUGCAGGCCUCCUUGUUCCAGGCUCAGCUGGAGCUGCAGGCCGGCCAGCGGGCGCAGAGGCAGGCGGCCCGGACUCAGCAGGACAUGACCCGGGCCCUGGAGAGGCUGGAGAAAGACCUGCAGGGGGCGCUGCAGCACAGGGGGGACACAGAGAGACACAACCAGGAGCUGCAGCUCGCUCUGGAGAAGUCUCGAUCAGCUCUGCAGGAGAGAGAGGAGCGGCUGAGACAGGCCGAGCAGGAGAGACAGGAGGAGAAGGAGGACAGAGAGAGGACCAUCCGAGCCCUGGAGACGUCCCUGCAGACCAAAGAACAGCUGGUGGAGAACUACUCUGAGCUGCUGGAGGAUCCGAAGGAGACGAGAGACUCUCUGCUUCAGAAGCUUCGUCAGCGCAUAACGGAGAGAGACCGAGCGCUGGAGCGAGCGGUCGAUGAGAAGUUCCGCUGCGUCGAGGAGAAGGACGAGGAGAAGCGACGGCUGCAGCUGCUGCUCAGAGAGAAGGAGCGAGACCUGGAGAGGCAGCGCUGCGUCCUGGCCAACAACGAGGAGACCAUCGCUAGUCUGGAGGUGCUGGUCCGAGGGAAGAGUCUGGAGCUGCAGCAGGUGUGCGACGCCUGGAGGAGCGUCCAGCGCCAGCGGCAGGAUGGAGAGGACACGCAGAGCCGCGUCCUGAGGGAGAGGGACGCCAUCAUCGAGCAGCUGCAGGGGGCGCUGCAGGCCCGCACGCAGGAGGCUCAGGACCUCCGCUCCUCCCUGCUCGCUCAGGUCCACUCUGCUCCCGCCGACGUCCUGGAGGAGCUGAAGCUCCGCCUCCAGCUUAAGGACCGCCUCUUCCAGGAAGUGCUGGCGGACCGCACCCAUCAGGCCCGGGAGCACCAGGACCAGGUCCAGGAUCUGCUCAGAACCAUCGGUGCCAGGGACCAGUACAUCCAGGACUCUGCCAGCCGGCUCGGUGAGGUCAUGGCCGAGCAGACGUCCAGGCUCCAGGAGCUCCGGAGGCAGCUCAGCUCGGGUUUCGGAGCCGCCUCGGGCCCAGACGUGGCGGCGGAGGUCCGGGAGGUGCAGGAGGAGCUCCGUGUCGCUCUGAGGAGGGAGAAGGAGAACCAGGAGCUGAGCAGGAGUCAGGCUGCAAGGCUGGACUCCCUCAGCAGGAGUCUGGACGUGAAGGAGGAGAUCAUCAGGGACCUCCAAAGGCAGAUGGCCGACCCCUCAGACCUCCCUCUGGUGGAGCGGCUGACGCAGGAGGUCCAGGAGCUCAGGGAGAGCCUGGUCCAGCAGGACGGACCUCCGGCCCGAGGCCCCGUCCUGGGCCGAGACCGGCCCGAGUUUGGAGAGUUGAGCUCUGAGGACGAGGACGACGAUCUGAACAGCGAGUACACGGACGACAACGAGUCCAGCUCCAAGAGCGUCCCAGGGAUCCCAGACCAGGAUCUGAUCCAGGACCAGGUUCUGGAGGGCCAGGGGCUGAUGGAGGUCAAAGAGCUGGUGGAGCAGAAGAGGGCAGUGGAGAGGGAGCUGGGGGAGCUGAAGGCCCAGCUGGAGAAGAUCGGCUUCUCCUCACUGUCACAGAUGAGGAAAGCUCUGUUCAGCCUGCAAGCUGAGAACCAGGAUUUAAAGCUCCAGCUGACUGGAAGCAAACACAAGGAGGAAGAGGAGGAGGUGGUGGAGGAGGAGGAGGAGGAGGAGGAGGAGCUGGAUGUGACCAUCGAAGAGGAGGAGGAGGAGGAGGCGUGGGAUGGAGAUCUGUCUCAGUCUCAGUCUGAGAUCCAGAGCAGCGACGAGUCAAAGAAGAAGAGACCGAUCACAGCCUCGUCCCAGGUCGGGAUCGUGGGCAUCGAGCCGCCGGCUGCUGCUUCCUGUCAGAAAACUGUCCGUCUGCAGCAGAAGAGCAAAGAGCUGCAGGAGAGACUGAUGGUGUCUGAGGCCACGGUUCAGGCUCAGGCCGAACAGAUCCAGGACUACAGAGACCUCCUCACGGAGACGUCCGUGCAGCAGGACAGUAAACUGGUCCAGGUCGACCUUCAGGACCUCGGCUAUGAAACCUGUGGCCGCAGCGAGAACGAGGCGGAGAGAGAGGACACCAGCAGCCCAGAGUUCGAUGACCUGGAGAUGUGCACGUCUCUGGACUGUGGUUCUCAGUGGUGGCCCAGCACCUCCUUCCCCAAAGCCCCGGCCCAGACGCCGGGCUGUGGAGACCCGUCUCUGCAGCGUCUGGUGGAGGACCUGCGCUCUCAGCUGUCCCGCUCCCAGGCCGUGAUCCGGGGGCUCCAGAGCCGCCUGCGCUCCCUCUCCACCUCCAGCGACUGUGGCCCCCCCACCCCCCGCAAGGUCAACUGGUCCUUCCAGGCGUCGCCCUCGCAGAGCGGGGCCGAGGACGACGAGGGCUGGCAGUCGUCCGACGGCGGGGGGGGGGCGUCCUCGGCCUCGCCCCGCCACCCUCGCCUGGACAGGGGCCUCCAGGACCUGGUGUCCCGCGUGGACGCUCUGGAGGACCAGCUCAGGAAAGGGGGCAAGAAGAGUUCGGCGGAGGACGGGAGGACGGACACGUGGCCGGGUAAGUUCGACACCCUGAUCCAGGCCCAGGCCAGAGAACUGUCCCACCUGCGGCAGAGGCUGCGGGAGGCGCGGGGGGUGAGCACCAUCCUGAGUCAGCACCUGGGCGACACGACCAAGGCCUUCGAGGAGCUGCUCCGGGCCAACGACAUCGACUACUACAUGGGCCAGAGCUUCAGGGACCAGCUGGCUCAGGGCGGCGCGCUGGCCCAGAGGGUCGGCGCCAAGCUCAGCGGACGAGAUCGUUCUGAGGAUCCGGACGAGAAGACGGAGCUUCUCGCCAUCCGGCUGAGUAAGGAGCUGCAGCAGAAGGACAAGAUCAUCGAGUCUCUUCGCACCAAACUCAACCAGCAGCAUCAUCUUCACCACCAUCAUCAUCCUCAUCCUCACCGGUCGGACACGCCCUGCAGCGGCCACGCCCUCUCCGACGCCAGCGACCAAUCGGAUCGCAUCUCCUACGUGUCCGACGACCGCGGCUCCACCAACGAGGACCUGGAGUUGUGCUCGGACGUGGACGCUGCCAGCGAGCUGUGUCCGGAGGAGACUCCAGGGAGAGUCGGGACAGACUGUCCCUCUCAUUCCUCUGUCUCCCCGUCCAUCGCCUCAUCCCAUCAAACCCUGUCGUGCCCCAGCUGUCCCAGCAUGCACCGCUCCAGCUCGCCACAGACACCUGCAGACGUGCAGAGUCAGACAGCCCCAGCCUAUCAGCCUCCUCCUUUCUCCUCCUCCUCCUCCUUCUCCUUCUCCACUCAGAAGGCACCCUCACCCUUUCAUCCUCCCCCCUCAAACCUGCGGGGCCGCUACCAAAGCGGAGGCGGCGGCGGCGGCGGCGGAGGCGGGGCCGGGGGGGCCGGGGGGGCGGGGUUCUCCCUGGCCGAGGUUCACCAGGAGCUGCAGAUGUUACAGAGGCAGCUGAGAGACAGCGACAGGUUUUCCACGCCUCAGUCCAAACCUCUUCAGGGUUUCCCGUUCGCCCCCCAACACCUGCACCACCACCUCCACCACCAGCAUCAGCAUCAUCAGCACCAUCAGCAGCCCGGCUCCUCCAGCUUCCUGCCCCUCUCCUUCCCCCCAGGACUCCACCCUUCCCCCUUCAGCAGCGCCGCCAGCUGCAGCAGCCUGGACGCCGGCCUCGCCAUGAAAGCUGGAGCCAGCCUCCUGGAGAGCAGUGCAUUGUGGGACGCAGCUUACGGCUCCCGGCCGAUGAGGGCUGACCUGUCGUCCGGGUCGUCGGGGUACCAGUCAGGAACCAGCCAAGCAGGCUCAGACCUGAUGAAGGAGCAUCUGAGGGAGAUCAGGAGUCUGAGGCAGAGGCUGGAGGACUCCAUCCACACCAACGACCGCCUCCGUCAGCAGCUGGAGGAGAGACUGGCCCGCACGGCCGCAGAGAAAGGAGCUCCCACCAACAUCUACAUCCAGGGCCUGGACUCGGUCGGCCAGCUCUCCUCCGAGCUCAGACUCCUGAAGGAGGAAAACCUGAGUCUGCAAAACCAGCUGCAGCAGAGCAGCAAGGAGGCGGAGCGUCUGAGGGAGGCGGUGCUUCUGGAGCGCUCCAGGCUGAAGGAGGCGGAGCUAGAGGCGGAAAGGUGGGCGGAGGAGAGCAGGAAGCUGCAGGUGGAGGCCGACGCCCACGGCCAGGAGACGACGCACCUGAGGCAGGACAGGCAGAGGAACCAGGAGACCAUCAACAGACUCCAGCACGAGGUGAGCGUCCUCCGCCAGCAGCUGUGUGAGAGCCGGGGGUUGGUCCACUCUCUUCAGUGUGAGCUGCAGGUGUAUCGCAGAGUGUGUGGAGUCAACGUGAACACGCUCACAGAUCAGGCCGGAGACCAGCCGGGACUCGACCCCAGAGAGCUGCACAUUCAGCUGGAGCAGCAGCUGAGCUCCGAGGCGGCGGCUCAGCCCGGAGGCAGGAGGCAGCUCUUCAGCGACAACGUCCCCUCUCCCCCCGUCAGAGACACGGGACUCAUCAGCCCGUCCUCUCCUCUACGUCCUGCACAGAGACAUCCAGAGGAAGCUCCAUCAGCUGAUCCAGCCUCCACCCUGCAGGAUGGUUGCUACGCCAGCCGUCAUGGCCGCCACGUCGUCGGCCACAUCGACGCCUUCAAGGCUCUGCAGCAGCAGAUCCUGGAGGGAGGCGCUCUCCUCCUGAGGAUGGAGGCCGGCCUCUAUUCUCUCAGCGCCUCGCAGGACUUCUACGAGCCUUCAGACUCGGUGAGGAAGCUGCUGUCGGACGCUGAAACUCUGCGUCAGAUCCUGGAGGAGUCCGGCUCGACGCUGAGGAUGUUCUGGAGAGCAGCUCUACCCGACUCAGAGGAAGCCAAACAGGAUCAGCCUCUGAAGGAGGAGCUGGCUGCUCUACGUCUGAAGCUCUCCCAGCGAGAGGAGGCUCUAAAGGACGCGAUGGAGCGAGUGAAGAGCUCCAACCGCACCAAAGAUAGCAUGGAGCACUUUAUAGUCAGCCAACUGUCUAGAACGAGGGACGUUUUGAGGAAAGCGAAGACCAACCUACAGGAGAACGAGCUCAGGAUUUCCUCCCUCCGUCAGGCUUCUUCUUCCUCCAUCCCUCCUUCCUCUCCCUCCUCCUGCUUUUCUUCAUCCUCCUCCUCCUCCUCCUCCUCCUCCUCCUCCUCCUCCUCCUCACCCCCCUGGCCUGGUAAAGGUGAAAUCAGAGAACGAUUCUGUGAACUCGCCUUCUCUCCUGGUUGGGGUGUCUUGACGCCUCGGCCUUCCUCCUCCUCCUCCUCCUCCUCCUCCUCCUCCUCCGUCUCCUCCUCCUCCAUCAUCCACAGACUGGAUCACCAGCAGCGCCCCCUGCAGGCCUUCUUCCUGUAGCUCCUCGUCACCGUCGACCUGCUGUUCAAACACGAAAUGCUGAAAACGUCUGCGUGCGUCCGACUGAAGAACCGUGUGUGCCGAGUGUCUAAGGAUGUUUGUGAUUCAUUUUUGCAGGUCCGUGGAUGUGACUGGUUGUAACGGUUUCACGGCGGGUGUGUUGUUGUGUGUCAGAGAUUGUGAGGACUUUUGCGGAGGCCACAAACUGAAGGGUUUUUCUCGUUCAUACGAGAGCGACAGGGGCUGAACUUUGCUUAUGAUUCACCUUCAUUUCAACAAAUGAAUCAGAAACAUGUGGUUUAGGACGAUGAGGAGCUUGUUCUUUAAUUCACAAGUCGGAAGCUUCCAACAAGAAGAUAACUUCAGCUUUUCAAGGAUUCAGAACAAAAUCCGUUUGAUGCCAGCAGGUAAAAAAAGAGGCUUUUAAAAAACAAAAAAACCAAACUAAUAAAGUGCUUUGCCUCGGCCUCGGCUGAGGCUCGUGUCUGUAGGUUGUUUGUAGAAUUCAUGCAUGUGGUUGGAGCAGUUUGUGGAAACGAAGCCAUACUCUCUGAAUCGUUUUGUCCUUCUCGUACUGAAACUGUCCUAAAAAUGGCCGACUACUGAUAAUAUAAGAAAACAACUACAACAUAGAGCUACUAAUAGACGUGUGUUCAUGUAGCUGUAGAUGAUGUCCUCUUGCAUUUACUGUCAAAACAUCCGUUUAGGGAUUUUAAACUAUUAUUAAAUGUGUUUUUUCCAGCGUUGGAAAAGCCUUGUGACGAAACUGAACAAAUGCAACAACUUAGUAAAACCAGUAUUAAAUAAAUACAUUAAAAAAACAACAAACAAGCACAUGUUUUAGAUGCCUUCAGGUACCGGUUUGAUAUUUAAACGGUUUGAUAUUUAACUUUAAAUGGUCCAAACGAGACGACAUUUCAGUUUUGUAAGCAGAAAAAUGGACCAGACUUUUUUUUUUGUUUAAACUUUAAAAUCUUUUAGGACGUUUUACUUUUAAGCUAAAUUUGUAAGAAAUAUUUUAAUGUUCCUCAAAAUGACAAUCACUUGAAAAAACACAAAAAAUUAGCUUUGGAGAAACUCACUGUGCAAACGUACUUUUCUGCAAUGAGCUAUUUUAACCUGGCUUCCUUGAUUUCUCUGUGUCGUAGAUGAACUGUUUUAUUUUGUGCAUGAACUGUGGCGCCGCCGCCGCCGCCCUCGAAAAACUUUCACUGAAAUAUGCAAUUUGUUUGGGGUUACUGUGCAAUAUAAAAGCCUUGGUGGUCGCUUGUUUUUCUCGAUGUUUUAGGGCCUGGAUGUUAAAGUGCCAUGUCCUCUGAAAAUAGGUUUUUCUUUAUUAGGUGUAAAGUUUCUGACAAUCAGUAUAAAACAGGUUUUAAUGGCUCAACGUGAAUCAGAGGUUUUUUAUAUGCAACGUGUGGGAACAGAAUAUUUACGGAGCAAUAAGAUGAACCAAAGUGGACGACAUUUAAAGUGCGUUGAUGAAUCAGGUGUAAAAUGAAUCAAAUUUAAAUUGUUCCCUGCAAAGGUCAAAGGUCAGACUUAGUGUCUUUCUUAGUGUCCGUGUGGUCUAAGGAACCACGUCUCAUGUAUGUACAUAUUAAACCGAGUGUGUACAAGUUGUUUUGUUGCUGUGUGAGAAGAGAUUGUAUUUUUAUGCAUGUUCUCUUUAUUAAAAACAAAAAACAAAACCAAAAAAAAAAAAA